UGAUUUAUACAAAAUAGCAUUAACACAACCAAGGCAGAGAGAGAGAUGGCGGGGGAUGAAGAUUGGAGGAAAACGGCAGAGACGACAAAAAUGAGUUCGGAGGAAGUGAAGAGAGCUGGACUGGAGGGAGCACAGAGGCCUCCCGGUCAUAACCCCGGCGGUGUUCUUCACCAGCGACGCGGUCUCCCCUUUGGCCCUAUCACCAUGGCAGUUACCGGCUUCCUCAUUGUCGGCGCCAUCGGCUACUUCACCCUGUACACCCUCAAAAAGCCCGAAGCCACCGCCGGAGAUGUUGUCAAGGUCUCCGCCAAUGUUGCCACCCCGGAGGACACUAGCCCAAGGAAGUAGCGCCUCAGGUCCUCCUCAGAACUGUGUAUUUUGUAUUUUUACCUUCUUCAUGCUUUUUGACAUUCGAAGAUGUGGCGCGCGGUUCUUAAUUGUAGCAGUAAUUUUAACAAAAUGAAAUCGCAUUUUUGUUUUUGAAUAAUAGUUGUGUUCAUCCGCCCGGUCGGUUCUUAAUUGUACCAGUUUAAUUAGGAUUUUCUACCCUUCAAAUUUCCUCCCGUUACUUCUCUUCUCACACUUUUCUGAGCCUCUCUAUAAAGAAGUCGCAUUUUUCUGUCUUUUAAUAUAAAGAAGUUAAGACAAAAUGUUGACGUAACUUUACCGUAACAGAUAACUGAAGAAAAUGGAGGAAUUUCUAUUUAUGACAAUUUAAGAAAGAAAUCCGAUCUAAUUCGAAUGUUGUAUGCAACUUGAUCUCUGCUCAAUUGUGACACCAACAACGUGAGAGUUGCAGCGUCGUUAUCACAUGUCUGUCGGGGAGAGCCAUGAUAUCCCCAUCCAACGACAAACUUUUUGGGUCCAUCUUAUAAAAGUUAGCCCUCCGUCAUAGGACCCUCCGUUUAAGAGUGGCAGAGACGGUGAACUGCCUUUUACUGCCUUCCACAAAUACACUGUUAAUUAUUUGCCCUCUUCAAUUCAUUCAAACAGACGGCCCAAAAUUGACAUGCACUGUUAAUUAUUGUCCUCUUCAAUUCAUUCAAACAGACGGCGGCGUGCAGAAGGUCAAAAAGGAUUUGUGUGGAGUGCACUCCCAUCCAACAGACGAUUGCAAAUGUAAGUAAAACCAUGAAAAUGGCAGUGUAGAAGUAGUCUUGAAAAAUAAACAAAUAGAAAUAUAAGAAAAUAUGACCUUGUCGGCUUUUUGUCAUGGUUCAAAAUUGAGCACAAAUAGGAUACAUUUUCGACAGCACAAGAAUCCAAAGUUAAUUGCAAAAUCUUACACUACUUGAAGAGAUAUUACCAUCUGUUUGCAUCUUCUGGGGAAGGGGGAGAGGAAGAGGAGAUAUCACACCUUGCCGAGCCCCAGUUUUGAGUUUAUUUGUCUAGUCGAUCUUCACCGAUGAGUAGAUGAGCCUCGUGAACCAAAAGCAGGCGUAGAAGCCAAUGGUUCCAGUGACAA